AUGCAACCUCAAGGGCCGUACAAGCUCGUCACUGUCAACACGGCGCCAGAGAGAGCUUAUCGUUUGGUGGGGCGUCUGGUCGAAGCAUUGAAGGACGAAUACACCAUCUUGCAUGUCACGAACGUUGAGAGAAUUGAAGACGUCGAGCCUGCCGUGCAACAGUACAAGCCGGACAUCCUCUUUUGUGCAUCAAUGUGGACAUCUGAGCAAGCCGCCGAGAUCCAGACGAUAGCCAGGAAGGUCCGACCCGAUAUUGCCACGUACGCCAUCCCACAUGGUCUUCAGGUUAAGGAAGGCCCGGGUGCUGUCGUUGAGCAUCUUCAGUGCAUUGUGCCUCAGGUACUGAAAGUGCAUUUCGGCAAGGGGGGGGCCGGGCGCAGAAAUGAUUAA